CACGAUGUAUUACAGCCAUUUGACGCAACACAAAAACAAAAGAAAAACGGAUUGUCUUCUUCGGGCGAUAACGCCCCUUGCCACCUCAGACGCUUUUCGGCUUUGACGCAACGCAGUCAUGGCUGGUUCUAGCCCAAGUUCAAGUCCUAGUUCCAGCUCCAGUUCAAAUUCAUCAAGAGAUUCUCGUCGAAACAAUCGCGAUCGUGAUCGAGCAAAUCGCAACCGGGAAAGAAGAGACAUCAACCAGGAAGAUCAAGAUAUCCUAGACCGGGCACGUGAGCAAGAACUGCGAGACCGUGAACUACAGGCCCAACGAGAGCGUGAGCAGCAAGAUGGAGACCGACGGAGGCGAGGAGAACAGCCGCAAGAAGGCGAUGCAGGUGGUGCUGGUGGUAUCGGCGUUCCUGAACCCCCAAGAGAGAUCCUGCCACGAAAAUUUGCAGUCCCCAGAAGACGCAUGCGGGUCGUCAGAGACUGGAUGACUUCAACCCUGAGUCCUUCGGAAGCCAAGCAGCUACGGGAGAGUUUUUUACCCAGUUUUUCUGACACUGAUUUUGAUUUAAAAUGUCCUCAGGUGGAUUCCUCUCUUGCCCGUCGUUUCAAAGAUCUCAAGUGCCCCGAAAUGGUGAAGGCAGAGGCUACUGAAAAAACCCUGAAAGCUGAACAGUAUAAGGUCCUAGAUGUCGCUCGCCCUCUUCUUUAUCUGAAAGAGCAGAUGGCCGAAGGAGAACUUCAAAACUCGCCCAUGGCGGAGGCUGUCGAUGUCGCUCUGCGUUUGUGGGGCCACACUUUCCAUGGAAUCACGGCCAACCGCCGCGAAAAUUUAUUGAAGGUGUCCGAUCCGAAGUUCGUCUCCUUGUUAAAGGAACCGAAACGUUUUAAGGCUAAACAGUGUGGAGCCCUGUUCGGCAGUCACUUCAUUAAGGAGAUGGUUAGAGAGGCGACUAACGACCAGAAAUUGAGGAACAUCGGACGCCCGGCAGGCCAAUCAUCGAGCUUCAAAAGUCGCUAUCCACCCACCAGCUAUAAUCCUAGAAAUUCCGCAAGCGGCUAUCAUCGUAACGGCUUCAACGGUGGCAACCGAGGCGGCAACUUCGGUGGUUCCAACAACUCGAAUGGAGGCUAUAGGAACAACAAGCAGAAAUCGAGCCAAAGGGGUCGCGGCAAUGGCUAUUGACCGUCACUCAGUCAUCAAGAUGCAGAGGAUUCCGUUACCCACAGAAGAAUUACUAUUUAUUAGUUAUGCAUAGGAAGCCUCAAAGGUCUGAGGUGGCAAGGGGCGUUAUCGCCCGAAGAAGACAAUCCGUUUUUCUUUUGUUUUUGUGUUGCGUCAAAUGGCUGUAAUACAUCGUGUCCACACCC